AAUUGUGGACUCGCAUGUCUUAAAGCAAGUCGACAUAAUGAUAAUAAAGACGACGCGACUCACGAUUGUUUGACUGAUCAUGAAUGCCAUUCAACUUGCCAAUUUCAAGAGAUUCAUGUUGACGAAACUAUACCAAAAUGUACGAAAUUUGCUGGACAUGAAGGGCGUCACGCUUGUUCAGCGAGUCAUUCAUGCGGGGCAUCUUGUAUCUAUAAUGGAAAGAGAAAUUGUCAGUUAAAGUGCACAAAAGAUAUUGGCCAUGAAACUACGACAGGAAAUGAAGUUCAUUUAUGCGAAUCAACCCGUCAUUAUUGCGGUGCUCCAUGUUCAUUAAAGGCUGAUACUCAAAAAGGAAAUUAUGAAUGUCGUAAUACGUGCAUAAUUCCCUGUGAAGAAUCUCAUGAA